AUGGAGUCCAAACCUGAUGGUGGACCAGCAGUGUCCAAUAGUUCCUCUGGCUCGUUGACCAGUCAAGAACUGGCUGCUAUUGAGGAUGAAGAGGUUCUCAACAAGAUGCUGGACAAUACAGAAGAUUUUGAACAGAGACGAAUGAUUCGCGCUGCAUUAAGGGAACUGCUCAAGAAAAAGAGAGAUAAACGGGAGCAGGAGCGAGGAUCCAGGCAGCAGGACCUGAGACAGCAAGGUCUGAGCAAAGGAGGAACAGCAGGUGGAUGUGUUAGCGUGGGAAGAGCAUCGAUGAACCAGCAGCCACCAACAAACAGUAAGUCUCGGGUGAGUCACAUGUCAAACAAGGGACCAGCACAGACAAAUCUGAGUUUGCGAAAAAAAAUGUUGAGCAAGGCCAACCCUGCUGCAGACACAACCCCGACCUCUCCUUCCUCUGCAGCACCCAAUGUUAAAAAUGUCAAACAAAUGCUUCUGGAUUGGUGCAGGGCCAAAACUGAGCCAUAUGAGGGGGUAAACAUCCAGAAUUUCUCCUCCAGUUGGGGUGAUGGCAUAGCCUUCUGCGCCUUGGUGCACCGCUUCUUUCCUGAUGCGUUCGAGUACUCCAUCCUCAACCCUUAUGCGCCCAGGGAAAACUUCCAGCUGGCUUUCAGCACUGCAGAGAGGCUGGCAGGCUGCCCCCCUCUGCUGGACGCUGAUGAUUUAGUCCGGAUGAAAGAGCCUGACUGGAAGUGUGUGUACACAUACAUCCAGGAGUUCUACCGCUGCCUGGUGGAGAAAGGCCUGGUCAAAACCAAGAAGCGACCAUAG